AUGCUUUUGGAACUGUUCUUCGUUUUACUUGGUCUGGUGGCAUUUUACAACUGUUGGUGGAAGCGGAGAGGGCUACCUCCGGGCCCUAUGCCAACCCCUUUGAUCGGUAAGAACGGCAGAUAUGUCAAAUCGCGGCAGAAUAUAUGUAUGUAAAUCAAGAUUUCCAUUACGUAUACCUAUGUGCUUUCUAGGAAAAGAGAUAAGGACGUGAUAAUUAGAUUCUCAUAAAAAUUUAAGGGUUUUGAAAUGUUUCUAAAUUUUGCCAUCCAGAAAGUUGAUUUCACGUUUUCAUGUAUGGGAGGUGCUUUAUAAAUUUCAGCGCGCUAGUCCAUCCCAACAUCGCGGAUUUAGUCCAAAGUUGAAAGUUCACAAAAAGGGGGAGGGGAGGAGGAGCCGACAGAGAAACGCAGAAAUUUUUACAAAGAAAUAAAUUGCGCAACUUUCAACUUUGGACUAAAUCCGCAGGGUACGGAUGGACUAGCACGCUGAAAUUUAUAAAGCACCUCCCAUAUGUGCAAACUUCAUUCUGUACCACGUUCUGGUCUUCGUUUCCAGAGAGAAUUUUUUUGUUUCAAUUCUAACAACCAAUAUUUCAGGAAAUGGCUAUCAACUAAGUAAGUAUCCCUCUAGCGAAGCAGCUUGCAAGCUCUGGAGGGAGAAAUAUGGUGAUACAUUUACUAUCUGGGUUGGCGAACGUCCAGUUGUUUGUGUAUGCGACUUCAACACAAUCAUCCAUCACUUCGUCAAGAAUGGCGAGCAAUUCCAAAAUCGCCCGGAUGACAGUAUCUAUUUGAAAUUCGUAGAGCGCGGUUAUUUUGGAGUAAUUCAAGUCGAUGGAGAAUUAUGGAAAAAUCAGCGGAGAUUUUCGUUGCAUACUUUUAGGAAUUUUGGAUUGGGGAAGAAUCUGAUGGAAGAGAGGGUAAGAAAAAAUUUGGCACAAUUUGUGAUCGGCCAAAUGAUCCACAACUCUUGAUACGACAUAGAUAUUCCAAUUUUUUUCAGGUGAUUGAAGAAUGCGAUUCAAUGUUCGAACGGAUUGAGAAACAAAGGAAAGGCGGCAACCCUUUAAUCAGCCUGGUCGAUCACGUCGACAUUGCCAUUGGCUCAAUUAUCAACAAUCUUCUUUUUGGCUACCGCUAUAAUGAGAAUAACCUAACCGAGUUCUUCGACUUGAAAGAGCGAUCUACUGUGUCUACUACGAUCGCAGGCUCUCCUCCAGCAAUGAUUUGCAGACCAAAUCCAGAGUUUUAUAAAAAUUGGCCAGUCUUGGGAAAAGUCAUGGCCACAGCCAAAAGAACCUCAAUUCAUUUGAUGGACUUCUUCAGGACCAGAAUCCAAGAUCAUGUGGAUGAGCUGAGAAAUGUCGACCUCAGUCAAUUAGAGCCCACUGACUUCGUGGCAGCAUUUAUGAAGGAGCGACAUCAUCUAGAUUCUAUUGGAGAAGAGCAUUUCUUCUCUGAUCAACAACUCUUAGUCUUAAUUUUUGACUUGUGGGUGGCCGGACAAGUAAGCUAGUUUUAGAAUGCCUUUUUACGUUUUUAAUUGAAGGAAACAACAAGCAAUACGAUUGGGUGGGCCAUCGGAUAUCUUAUUCAUUACCCAGAAGUUCAAAGAAAGGCCCAGGAAGAGUUAGAUCGAGUGAUUGGAUCUGACCGGACUAUCACCAUGUCAGACAGGCCGGAUCUUCAGUAUAUGCAAGCGCUUUGCAAUGUAAAUUACAAGUAGAAACAUAGAAAUAUUUUAGAACAUGUGAAUAUAGCUGCCCAGAUAGGGCGCUCUGAUUUUUUGUGGCUGUUAUUUUUUGACGGGGAUUUUUUGAAACAAUUAGUUUCCUGUAGCAAACUUUUAUGGCGCCCUGGUUGAAAACACACAUUUCAAUGGCAAAAAUCGAAAAAAGUUGUUUUUGGUCUUAAAACUCAGAUUUUUUUAGGAGGUCCAAAGGAUCUCAAAUAUGGUGCCAAUGAAUGUUAUCCACGCUACCUCUGAAGACGUUGUAGUCGAUGGGUAUCACUUGAAAAAGGGAACAGCCAUUACUCCUUUGAUUGGCGUUGUUCUUUAUGAUGAGAAAGUAAGCUUUUCUCUUCGAAAGAUUGGAGUUUUCAAUUUUGUAACAAAGAGUUUUGUUUAGAUUUUCCCAGAUCCUAUGAAAUUCAAGCCCGAGAGAUUCUUGGACAACGAUGGGAAAGUGAAGAGGGUUGACGAGCUGAUCCCAUUCUCCGUUGGCAAACGACAGUGUUUGGGAGAGGGGCUGGCUCGGAUGGAAAUCUUUCUGGUCAUCGCCAAUCUACUCAAUAAAUACAAGGUGUGUUAAAACUACAGCCUUGACACCAAAAUAUUGAAAACAAGAAUGGCAAUCCAAUAGACUCUUUACUGUGGUAUUAUUUUUUAGAUUCUUCCCGGAAAGAGUAUGCCAGAUCUCAAGAGACACCACGGAAUCACGGUCCACAUUCAAAACUUUGAAUGUCAAGUAGAACCCCGGUUCAAGUAA